AUGGUUCAGAAAAAUUGCACCCAAGUGACAGAGUUCAUUCUCAUGGGCCUCACGGAUCGCCAGGAGCUGAAGAUGCUCCUUUUUGUGGGAUUCUUGUCCAUCUAUCUUUUCACAGUAGUAGGCAACCUGGGUUUGAUCCUGGUCAUUAGAACAGAUUCCAGACUCAACACACCAAUGUACUUCUUCCUUAGCAAUCUGGCUUUUGUUGAUUUCUGUUACACUUCUGUCAUCACACCCAAAAUGCUUGGGAAUUUCUUGUACCAACAAAAUGUUAUAUCCUUUAGUGCCUGUGCCACACAGUUAGGCUGCUUCCUCAGCUUCAUGAUAUCGGAGUGCUUGCUACUGGCUUCCAUGGCCUACGAUAGAUAUGUAGCCAUUUGCAAACCUCUGCUCUACACGAUCACAAUGUCCCCAACUACCUGCAUCCAGCUUAUAGCUGUGCCCUAUGGCUACAGCUUCCUGAUGGCACUGUUUCAUACCAUCCUCACCUUCCGCCUCUGCUAUUGCCACUCCAACACUGUCAAUCACUUCUACUGUGACGACAUGCCCCUCCUCAGGUUAGCUUGCUCAGACACUAGCUCCAAGCAGCUGUGGGUUUUGACCUGUGCUGGGGUCACAUUCAUUUCCUCUGUUCUCGUAGUCCUUGUCUCCUACAUGUUCAUUAUUUCUUCCAUCCUGAGGAUGCACUCAGCUGAGGGAAGACGCAAGGCCUUCUCCACAUGUAGCUCCCACAUGCUGGCAGUGACCAUAUUCUAUGGCACCUUGAUCUUCAUGUACUUACAGCCCAGUUCUACGCAUUCCCUGGAAACGGACAAGGUGGCCUCUGUCUUCUACACAGUGAUCAUCCCCAUGUUGAACCCCUUGAUCUACAGCCUCAGGAACAAGGAUGUGAAAGAGGCUCUGAAGAAAAUCAUCAUGAACAGACACCAGACUUCUGAGUCCAUGAAACUAAAAACAUGA